CUCUGGUCGAGACCAUUGUCACGGUUCUCACUUGCACCCUUUUCCUUCAAACACUACGACCUCUGUAUUUCCCGUGUUUUCUUCUUUCUCUCUUCCCUCUUCCUCUUCCUCUUUUAUCGAGGAAUUACUCCGCGGCACCUUCCCUUGACGGGUUAGACGAUGGCUAGACCAGGAGCAGAGCAAGGUCCACCCUCGCCGACAUCUCUUCCAGCCCUUCAGAUUCCUGACGGCCCGUCAUUGUCGUACACGACCCCCAGCCAUCCAGAUAAUUCCGACCAUGUUGCCGCAGGCCAGUCGCCAGCUCCUUCUCAGCGAUCCAGGGAUUCGUUUUCCACUGCUUUAAACUCGCCAUCUCUAAUCCCCGUCGAUUUCGAGGAACCACAGCCUCCUGCUGCUACUGCUGCUGCUGCUGCGUCUCUGCUUCCCUUACCUCCCAGUCUUCGCAAAUCCAUAUCCGUCGACUCGUUUGUUCACUACGGACGCGAUCAUACGGCCAUAACCACCAGACCCAACCGCGGCCACACCGGCUCCUCUUUGGAUCCCCCUAAGGGCUUUGAUGUUAUCAAGAAAUUGGAUCGAGACAGGCGUCUCUUGGGUCGCAACCGAGGCGCCAGCAUCAGCACCGUUGGUGACGACCACGAUUCUGUUGUCGGUGAAUCUGAUAUCGAGCGUUCCGACGUCCUCAACAGUCCCACCGACGGUUUCAAGCACAUUUCAUUGAAGGGCCAGGACAAGGGCAAGACCUUUGUCAGCGGCGGCGAGCUUCCUCUUCCAUCUCGCACGCCCACCCUGAGCACGACUUCUAGCAUGAGUAGCAUCAUGACAACUUCCCCUAGUUCUAGUACCCAGGAGGGUGUGCCUCGUAUGCAGUCGGCAUCUUCUUUACAGUCCAUGGCUAGGCGAGGCAUUCCGGUGGCAUCUCCCUCGGGAAGAACACGGAGUGGCUCCUUGGGAGUCUACACUCCAAGCACCAAUCGACGUAUGGUCAUAAAUACUACCAUGCCCCCAUCUGAGACUGUUAACCAGAAUCUCGCUGUUACCCUGGUAGUGGUGGGUGUGGCGGGGUGUGGCAAGUCCAUGGUCAUUCGUAAAGGCCUCAGAGGCUAUGGUCUCUCGGAUCCCAGCGCACCCCUUCUGGGAUCCCAACACGCGUCUCGAUAUACUCGACGUGUUGGAAAGCUCCCCCGGACUGACAACACCCGGGAAUGCCCCUUGAACAUAAUUGAGGUCGAUAUACCUCUGUCUAUUCCGGAUACAUCUGUAUCAACAGUCAACUUUUUACCCGAGGCCCCACGAGUCGAUGGUGUGUUGAUAUGUUACGAUGCUUCAGAUGAGCAGUCCUUCAGGCCUGUAGAGGCCCUUCUCCGUGGAUACCGUGCACUACAGCUUCCGACGGUUGUGUUGGCAUGCAAGUCGGACUUAUCACGCCGUAUCGAUCCUCAGGCGGCUCUGGAUAUCCUCCAGCAGUAUGAUGUUGGCCUCGUUGAAGUCCACAACGCCGACGAUGUAGGAAAAGAGAAGAUGCGACGGUCAUUUGACUGGCUCUUAAAGGCAGUCCUCCGCGAUCGAAGGUCUUCGAGAAGCGAAUUUGAGGACUAUCGAAAUCCUGCUUCUCCAGAUAUUCUCGUAUUGCCUCCAUGGGAGAAGUGGGAAUCAUCAAGGACCGUAACUCCCACCGUGGCUUCAUCCACAUCUACACACAGUUCUGUUCAAGCAUCAGCGACUCAUAUCUCCCAGCCCCAAUACCCUGCGCCACUACCUUCCAUCCCGGCCUCUCGCACAACAACGCCAAAUCACCCCACGCGCGCGCGGUCAGCGAGUGAUCUCUUACCGGAACAAGAGAAAUUACAUUCACAGGAUUCACGUGGCGUUGAUGACUUUGAAACUUCGAAUCCAUCAAUGGCCGGCCAUGAGGAGAAUACUACGAGCGUUGAUUUAUUGAACGGGCGUGCGAUUUCUGCAGAUGUGCCCAAGGAAGUUCCCGAGGAAAAGAAACCAAGCAAAAUCAAGGACUCGCGUCCGGCUCAAUGGGCCACUCUUGACGAACUUCUCGAUAAGCUUCUAUUCCUUGGCGUCAGCGGAGAUGACCCAACGUACAUCACACAUUUCCUGCUUACCUAUCGGCGCUUCGCGAGUCCCAGAAGCCUGUUGUUAGCAAUGCAGAAACGGAUGCGACAGCUAGACAAUCCGUCUGGUGACCCAAUGUUUGCAUGUUACGCCCAGAUGAGAAUCUGUCACCUUCUUGAGCUUUGGAUUAGAGACUAUCCAUAUGACUUCGCGGUUCGAGGCACUGCUGGGGCUCUUUCGGCGCUCAUCAAAUCCAUCAUCUCCAAGACCUAUCUCCUCCAUUAUGGAUCUGAUUUCCUGCCAUUCCUCGAAGUACUGCCAAAUCUCGUCGAUGUAGAUGCCGCAUGGGCCCUCAAAGUUGAAGAUUUGGCAGAUGAAAGCGAUGACUCGUACAGCCUUCUGGAGGAUGAUGAUGAAAGUGCAUCCAAAUCAGAGAUGGAUUCAACGUCGAACUUGAACCCGUCUUCUACGAUGAAAGGAAAGCCUCCAACAGGAUUCCGGGAGCGCAAAGGCAGUCUGCCUUUGUCCGCAAGAGCUUUGCUUCCCCAAAAUAACCAUGUCAAUGAAGAUCCUUCACCCAAGGAGCAGCUAAAGAUGCUCCAACGCCUCGCUCAGGAGGUUAAUGCGACCGACCCAGAAGAGAUUGCUCAAGAAAUUAUGCGGUUGGAAAGCAAGUUAUUCCUUCAAAUACGGCCUCGUCAUUGGUUGAAUUAUACAUUCGUCUCUGGGAAGAAGGACCCAGAAGUUGAUGCUAUUGCUCGUUUUAACAGCGUCUCCAAUCACCUCGCGGAUUGGGUGGUGUCCUUGAUUCUUUGCCACGACAAAGCCAGAGCGCGCGCGAAACAAAUUGAGAGAUUUGUCGAUAUCGCUCAGAAGCUUCGCACCCUCAACAACUACUCUGCAUUGCGGGCUUUCGUCGCUGGAAUCAACAAUGCAACAUUCCCAGGCGAUCAGACGAUGGAACAGUUUAAAACGAAGGCACCUGAUCAAGCUAAGAACUUACAGUCGUGGGACGUCCUGUUGCAGCAUAUUCGUUCACAUCGUGCCUACCGGCUUGCCUUGAGGAAUACCAAGGGUGCAUGUAUACCCGCUUUGGAAGUCCAUAUAUCGGACCUCAUUCGCUCUCACGAGGGAAAUGAAGACUUCCAUUCUGAUGAUGCGACUAAAGUUCAUUGGGGAAAAUUCAAUAUGAUGGGUAGAUUCAUAACCAACACGACGCAAUGCCAAGCGCAGUGUUUGUCGACGACGGACUACAAUUUCGUCGAGCGACAGAAUAUAACGAAUAUGCUUCAGUGUACUUUCCUGAUGGAUGAAGAGAUGCAGAAGUCCCGUAUAGCCCCUCCCGAUGUAGACUUCGAUGAAUACCGACCUCCCCCGCCUCGUCCCUUGCGUGAUCCUCCACAACAGCCGAGGGACGUGGCCAUCCUGCGACGGCUUCUGUUCUGGUGAUUUUUCCCCAGUCAUCUUCAUCUAUUCAAGCAGAACGUUUUGCUUACUUUACGCCAUGUCACGCCCAGUUAUGUUUAUACUUGUUCAUAUCAUGUCUUUUAGGAUACCAUGCAUGCAUAUAGUUGUCGGUUGCUGAUUUUUCUGCUGUAUAAUACAUGUCUGAAAUUUACUUUGGUCAACGGAAAGAAA